GAAAAAUUCCUCUUAUCUGUGUGCAUGUGUGUGUGUGUGUGUGUGUGGAGCCAUGUGACGACAACAAUCAACCUCCCCCCGUAGCUCCCGCUCCCUCCAUAGAGUGCAGUGCUGAUUUGGAGCAAAUGUAUUUCAGCUUGUAUUGAUUUUUUGUUGUUAUUUUUGUUGUUUUUUUGUUACUCGUGAGCUACGCAAAUUGUGUUGUGACUGACUGUGGUAUUUAAUCCAUUUGUUGCUAUUGCCGCUGCAAUGGGCGGGUCGGUGAGCCAGGUAUUUCGCUCAGGAUCCGCUCUGCUCUCGCAUAGAGAUGGCCACAAAGUGUCCAAGGCCACCGAGGAGAAAAUCCAGACGCUCUUUGAGAUUCUGCGUGCAAAUCCAAAGGUCUCAUUGCAAACACUGGAGAGCCUCCUCAUCCAGAUACCAAAAAACGAGAACAUCCUAAUAAUACACGACGGUUGUGGCUAUAAUAUACUGCAACGUAGUGUUGGCCUCAAUCACAUCGAUCUCACCAAAUGGCUAUUGCAUCGCCAUAGACCUGAUGUCAAUCGUUCGCCCUGUUCCCUGCCCCUGCACAUAGCGACCCUCCGGGGCUAUGAGGAAUGUGUCGAGCUUCUCCUGCGCCACGGGGCCCGCAUCGAUGUCGACACCAGGAUGUGCUUCCCCGGCUCCCACACCCACAAUUGCGAGGAGAGCGGCAAAUGGCAUAGCAAUGUGGAUGAUGUCAGCGAGCGACUGAAUCUCAAUACUAAGCUGCAGAACGCCCUAUGCUAUGCCAUCGAUGGGGAUCAGUAUAAUGUCCUGAGUCUACUCACACAGAAAAUGGAGGAGCCAUGGAUACCGUUUCGGGCCAAGAAGCCAUUGCUCCAUUUGGCCUGCGAGCGCGGUGCCUGGAAUUGUGUCCAACAAUUGGUGGUCACACGCUCCGAGGAAAUCAAUCUCAUAAUGGAUGAAUAUUAUCCCAUACAUCAUGCUGUCCUGCACGAGGGGCGCUUUCUGGAGCUGCUUAUCCAGCAGGGCGCAGUGACCACAGUCCGGACAUGUACCCAGCAGAUGACUCUUCUUCAUGUUGUGAUUUUUGCUGCCCGCAAAUCGGCCGAGGACACACUAGCCACUUUACGCAUAUUGCUGGAACGCGGCUGCAAGGAGCUGAUCAAUGUGCCCGAUUCAUUGGGUAAUACCCCGCUGCACGCUCUCAUAGUGCGUUAUGCCUUGGAGGAGGCACGCUAUGGCUACGACAAAUGGAGCAAAUGGGAUCUGUGUGGCCUGGUGCGUUUCCUGCUCCAAAAUGGGGCCAAGCAAUCAAUCAAUCAGGCUGGCAAUAGUGCCAUGGCCUGUGUAUUCCGCCAUCUACGUGACUGGGAGGUCUGCUAUGAACUGCUCAAUAUGCUGAUCAAAGAGGAUGGUGAUCCCAAUAUUGUGGGCAGAGAUGGCUCGGUGCCCAUAAUGGUGCUAUUGGUGCCACUUAUAAACAAGGAUCAUCUGCAUCAUUUCACACACUCGAUGAAAGUAUGCUAUCUGAAUUGUAUACGCAUUUUACUGCAACAUGGCGCGAAUCCGAACUGCUCCUAUCGGGCGAACCUGAAACCUCUCCAUGUGCUCGUCUUCACAGUGAGCGAGAAUUUCACUCUCAAUUGUGAUGCCCAGAAACGCACGAAUUUCGAUUUUAUUAAAAAUAUAUUGCUGCUACUGCUGCAGCAUGGCCUCGACUGCAAUAAGACAUAUCAGCAUAUACUCCAGGCCGUCAUGGAUAUGGUGCAGAAUGUGCGCACCUGUCAUGACAUGGAAUGCAUUUACGAGCUGACACUGACCCUUAUACAAUACGGAGCCGAUCCAAAUAUUGUACUGAGUAGCAAGACAACACCCGGCAUUGCCAUAUUCUCGAGGGAAAUAGCCAGCUAUGGUGAGGCGCUCGGUGGUGGUGGUGCAGCUGCUAAUGGUGGCAGUAAUGGAGGCGGUGGUGGUGGUGGUGGCGCUGCUGCUGCUGCUCCUCCUGGAGGCGGUGCUGGUGCUGGUAAUGGCGACAAUUCGGCCUCAUUCCGCAACUCGUUUCGCACGAAUUCUCGAUAUUUACUCUUCUAUUACAUUAUAUUGAUAACGAAAAAGGAAUUUAUACUCAACGAUCCGCAUUUGACAUUCGCACGAAUCAUUCAUCUGUUCUAUCUAACCAUGGAGCAUGAGCCACUCUAUAAUUGCCUCAAAUCGUUGCACAACUUCUAUGUGGCCCAAGUGCCAAGUAAAAAGACGGAGCAAUUGAUAGCCCUCAUCUCGGGACUUUAUCGUAAACCGCGAAGUCUAAAACAAUUAUCACGUAUGGCCAUCUAUGAGGCCCUGAAUCGUAAAUUGGCUCAGAAUAUCAAUCGUUUGAAUCUUCCCGGUCCACUUAAGGAUUAUGUGCUGCAAUUUGAGAGAUAACAUGUGGAUUGAAGAGAGAACAAUCCACGCCCCCCAGCCUCCUCCCCCCGCAAAAUAAGAGUCAAGUGUCGAAAUGUUAACGACCAAAACCAAAACCAAGACAGAAAUCAAUCAAUCAUAAUUGCAGUUCUUAAGUUGGAUAAUUAAGCUACACACACACACACUCUCUCACACACACACACACACACAGUAUGACCUACACAGAAACACAUCUACUUACUAUUAGAUAUGUAGUUUAUAAUAACACACAAUAAUUAAUAUUAUAUGUAUAUAUAUGUAUGUACAUAUAUGUAUACAGAAUACCAAAACAGAUUUCAAUCAAGAAUAUAGAAGAUUUUGAUCAGGUCUCUGUUGUGUUUUAUAAACGAUUUAUAUAUAUAUGUAUGUACAUAUAUAUAUAUAUAUGUAUAUAUACUUAUAUCUGAAACGCUUAAACGUACCUACUACUUCUACUACAACAACACUAAAACAAAAAGGGAGAAAAGAAAACAUUGUGGAAAUUAAACUUGUGCAAUUUCUUUGAUACGAAUCUAUAUAUUGUUGCUAAUUUAUUUUUAUUUAAUUUUUUUGUUUUUUUGUGAAUUUGUAUAUCUUUACUUAUAUACAAAUAUAUAUAUAUAUAUACAGUUAGUUGUAUAUCAGAAAUGGGCUUGAAAUUUUUAAAGCACGCUACUCGACUUUUUAACACCCUACCUAAAACCACUUCCCACAUACAUAUAUACAUAUAUAUCCCCGAUUCCCUUAGCCUGUUGCACAUAUUUCUCAAAAAAUAUAUAUACAUAUAUAUAAUUAAAUAAAAUAUAUAUAUAUAUGUAUAUAUGUACAUAAAUCUCUUGAACAUCUGCAUAAACUUAAGGCUGUUUUAUUAUUAUUUUUUUUGUUUUGUUUUUUUUUCCAUGAACAAUUCAUGUGUUUUUAGAAUAUUGUAUUGUGUAUUGUAUUGAAUGCAAUUUAA